AUGAAAAAAAGUGAAAAGAAUAAUAUGCAAAAGCAGCAAAGCAAAAAGCAGCAAAGCAAAAACAGCAAAGCGAAAACAGCAAAACAAAAACAGCAAAACAAAAGCAGUAAAGCAAAAGCAGCAAAGCAAAAGCAGCAAAGCAAAAACAACAAAGUGAAA